CGAAAGCAGACGGCCGCACCCUCCCUCAAUCAAUCAUCGUCGUCGUCGUCCCCAAUCAAUCAAUCAUCAGCGAGCGAGCGACCUAAACCUCCGCUCCGUCUCCGCGCAAAACCCUAGCGGAUCCAUCGACCUCGCGGAGAGGCGGAGAGCGGAGACCGGAGAGAGGGAGUGGGUCCGAAGAUGCAGAUCUUCGUGAAGACGCUGACCGGCAAGACCAUCACGCUCGAGGUCGAGAGCAGCGACACCAUCGACAACGUCAAGGCCAAGAUCCAGGACAAGGAGGGCAUUCCCCCAGAUCAGCAAAGGCUAAUUUUUGCUGGAAAGCAGUUGGAAGAUGGGCGAACAUUAGCUGAUUACAACAUUCAGAAAGAGUCGACGCUCCAUUUGGUCCUGAGGCUCAGGGGUGGAACUAUGAUCAAGGUGAAGACACUUACUGGGAAGGAAAUUGAGAUUGAUAUUGAGCCCACUGACACAAUCGAUAGAAUCAAGGAACGUGUCGAGGAGAAAGAGGGUAUUCCACCUGUUCAACAGAGGCUCAUCUAUGCUGGGAAGCAACUCGCUGAUGACAAAACUGCCAAGGACUACAACAUCGAAGGUGGUUCAGUGCUCCAUCUUGUGCUUGCUCUGAGGGGCGGUCAGUAGAUGCAACGUCGACGUGGACCUUAUAGGCCAUUUCUACCAGAACUUGUUGCAGACCUGGAUCUGUGAAUUUGCCGGUUGAUUGAAGUGCCAUGUAAUUGACGCAUUUGUGAAGUCAGCUGUCACCUGUACUUGGAUGGAAUUGUUUGAACUAUAUGCUUAUCUGUUGUCAUCUGAUUUCUGGUUGCUCUGAA